GUUACCAUGGCGAUGACUGCAGGGACUACAACAUCCUUUCCCAUGAGUAACCACACCCGGGAGAGAGUGACAGUGGCCAAACUUACGCUGGAGAACUUCUACAGCAACCUAAUUAUACAGCACGAAGAGAGAGAAACCAGGCAGAAGAAGCUGGAAGUGGCUAUGGAAGAGGAAGGCCUCGCAGACGAGGAGAAAAAACUGCGCAGGUCACAACACGCUCGCAAAGAAACAGAGUUUCUGCGACUGAAGAGGACUAGACUUGGCUUGGAUGACUUUGAAUCUUUGAAAGUUAUAGGAAGAGGAGCAUUUGGGGAGGUACGCCUCGUUCAGAAGAAGGAUACUGGUCAUAUUUAUGCAAUGAAGAUAUUAAGAAAAGCAGAUAUGCUGGAGAAAGAGCAGGUGGCCCAUAUCCGAGCAGAAAGAGAUAUUUUGGUUGAAGCGGAUGGAGCCUGGGUAGUGAAAAUGUUUUACAGCUUUCAGGAUAAAAGAAAUCUUUACCUGAUCAUGGAGUUCUUACCUGGAGGUGACAUGAUGACCUUACUAAUGAAGAAAGACACCUUAUCAGAAGAGGAGACGCAGUUUUACAUUUCUGAAACUGUGCUGGCCAUAGAUGCUAUUCACCAGCUGGGAUUCAUCCACAGAGAUAUUAAACCAGAUAACCUUCUGCUGGAUGCUAAGGGUCAUGUAAAACUGUCUGAUUUUGGGCUAUGCACAGGUUUAAAGAAAGCUCACAGAACAGAGUUCUACAGGAACCUCACACACAACCCACCGAGUGACUUCUCAUUUCAGAAUAUGAACUCAAAGAGAAAAGCAGAAACAUGGAAGAAGAACAGGCGACAGCUGGCAUAUUCUACUGUUGGAACCCCAGACUAUAUUGCACCAGAAGUAUUUAUGCAGACUGGGUAUAACAAGCUGUGUGACUGGUGGUCUUUGGGAGUGAUUAUGUAUGAAAUGCUAAUAGGGUAUCCACCUUUCUGCUCAGAAACACCGCAAGAGACUUACAGGAAAGUUAUGAACUGGAAAGAAACGUUGGUAUUUCCUCCAGAGGUGCCCAUUUCAGAGAAAGCAAAGGAUUUAAUUCUGAGGUUUUGUAUUGACUCAGAAAAUAGAAUUGGUAGUAAUGGAGUAGAGGAAAUAAAAAGUCAUCCAUUUUUUGAAGGAGUGGACUGGGGACAUAUCAGGGAAAGACCAGCUGCAAUCCCUAUAGAAAUCAAAAGUAUUGAUGACACUUCCAACUUCGAUGAAUUUCCUGAAUCUGAUAUUUUACAGCCAGUGCCAAACACAACGGAACCCGACUACAAAUCCAAAGACUGGGUUUUCCUCAAUUAUACCUACAAGAGGUUUGAAGGGCUCACGCAGCGUGGCUCGAUCCCUUCCUACAUGAAAGCCGGGAAGUUGUGAAACAAAACACAAACCCACAAAAGAAAUAAAAAUACAAACCUCAGGUGAAACUGUGACACUGUAAUGGAUUAAAGAGAACAGAAGGUUAACCUACACUGGCUUUCAAAAAAUGGAAGUGCACCAUAUCUUUUGUUAUGUUAUUUUUCUCUUAUUCCUUUGGACGGUUGUGUUUUUUCCUUUGGCGAUGUUUGUCAGCGUGCCAUUUAUUUUUCUUAUUCUUGGAGUACCAAAGAUCCUGAAAUGGCUUGAUGAUUACAACCAUGUGAAAAUUUAUUUUCUUGAAGUAUGUUCUGUUAACUUUUGUUAAGAUGUGGAAUUGUGUAUGCAGAUUGUUAUCAGAGGUUUGCUGGGAAGUUAACCUAUUCCAGCAGGGAGAACUUGAGUGCAUCGAUGGAAGUGGUGAGCCUGAAUCCAAAUUCUGGAUCUGAAUACCCUGAAACUGGGGAGGAAGCUUGGAUUGGGAAACGCAGCUGAGCUUUUGCACUUUGUUCCAUCUCCAGCCAGCGUGAGUGAGUGGCCUUAGGUACAGGACAUCAGCAGAGGUUGUUUCAUGUGCAAAAGGAGUUAAAAAAAUUGCCAGCAUUCAGAAAUCAAAUAUUGUUGAUACUGCAUUUGCACUGUUAAAUUUGCCUUGCUGGAGAGUUAUAUAAGUGUUAUUUUUAUAGGUCAAUUGUUAAACACCUGAGCCGUUGGAUACAGUAUGGAAUAAUAGCAUCUGACGUGGGUGAAUUCACCUAAGUGCAAAGGGGCUUGCUGAAAGCUCUCCACACUAUGAAGACAAAUGGGCAUAAGCAGUACAAGGGGUGUUGUGUCGGCUCCUUCUAAAGAGGUGACUUUCCUCCUCUGCAACAGCAAGUAAGGAAUACUGCAGUUUAGCCCGGUUAUACUCUAAUGCUUAGGAAGUGCUCUCACUUUUUCAAUAAUAUGAGCAAUUACAAGCGUUGUAACAUACUGUACCUUGUCCUUUUAAUGUUGAUAUAUUACAGCAGCUCGUUCUUGGAGUCGAAAUGGCAACUGCUAUAUUUUUCCUAGACUGUUUCAUUAGUUGUGGUUGGGAAAGUUACAUAGAAGCAUUAUAAAAAUUUAUAUGAGGCUUUUUACAGCAUUUGAAAAUAAAAGUAGCAUUCUUUUUGUAAA